UUCACAUUAUUUCAGUAGCAUUCCAGUGCUCCGAUUUAGUGCUGUUUUAUUAUUGCGCCAACGUCUAAAUUUUGACUCAAGUGUGUUUUUAACCCAGAAACUGGAUUAUUUUGUUUUAGCUAUAUCGGUAAAAAGAUGCGUUUGUGAAACAUCUUUCUACGUUUUUGGUUGACCAGGUUAAUUCAUCACCAUGACAGUAGGUAUAAUAUUUACGAACAACUCGAAAGUGCCUCUAAAAGUAUUUCAGUAAAGAUAAUUUUGAUUUGCUACAAAUGUGUAAAGUACGUGACUCCACAAUAUUUCCAGUCUUUCCGGAAUUGGAAUUAGUUUUCUACUUGGUUAAUCUGCUGCACUGGAGUUCUGUGAACCAGAAUUCAUUGGUGCCGGCGAGCGACAGAUCUCGCUAUGAUGACGUCGACGUCGACUCUCAAUCCGUCACUUCGAAACCGCCUCACAAGAUAUCUCCAUACUGGGAAUGAGCUGCCCAAGUACUAUCCUGGUUGCUGGGAAUCCCAUAAAUAUUUCGUUGCCGAAAGACUAUCAGUGAUAGAUAUGGUUCUGAUGAGUCAACCAAACGAGGUUGAGAUUGCUAAUAUUAUUGUAAAGGCUUAUAAAGAUGGUUGGUACACCAGAUUUGAGACCCUUGCCUUUGCUUUAGCAAAAUGUAUUAGUGUUGGAAAUACUACCAUAAAGGAAGCAUGUUACAAAGCAGCUUUAGAAAUUUGUAACACCCCAGAGGAAAUGAUGAUGUUCAAUAAAUUUACUAGAUUGUUGCACACUGGAAAUGGUCGUGGUUGGUGUAGGCAUGUCCAGGAGUGGUACAAACGAAAAGAUUCCAUGGAGUUAGCAAAGGAAGUAACCAGAGUAAGAGGCAGACAUGGCCGCUCGCAUAAGACUCUGCUAAGAAAAUCACAUGUGAAGAUUGAUGAAAACGAUCAUGCAAGGAAUGCAGUUGUCAAAUAUGCUAUUUAUGGAUUGAAACGAGCAAAGCUAUUAUGUGACAGUGCUGAAGGCACCAAGGAGAUAUUCGAAUACAUUCAGAAAGUAGAGGACAUGCGCCAUUGUGAAGAUCCAGCAGCUGCUGCAGAAAUGGCUAUUCAGCAUCAUUUCACCUUGGACCACAUUCCAGGGCAUCUCCUGACUUCCCAAGAAGUAUGGAAUGCAAUUCUCCCAGAGUUGUCCUUGAAUGAAAUAUUGUACCAAAUACAGCGAAUUCACAACAUGGGCUUCCUUACGAAUGAUUCAGACACAACUGCAAUUUUGUUAUCCCUAUUGAGCAACCAGGAUGUCAUUAAGAAAUCGAAAGUCACUGCAAUCGAAGUUUACAUCACUCUGUGCAACUAUAAAAAGAGUACCAGACCAAUGAAGUACGAAAAAGCGAAAGUGGCUCUUGAGAAGCAAACGCGUCGUCGUUCUCGUCAAAUCUUUAACACGAAGACCGAGAUUUGGGAGUGGACUGUGACUAGACGUCAUCCAAAAGAAUUAAAACAUUGGGGUAUUGAUCAACCACCCAACCAAGCUGUAUUGGUAGCUCUCACUAAGCUGGUCGACCGCACAUGGCUCCUCACACCACCAACGAAUGCCCGCUAUCUCAUCACAUUGGACAUGAGACACCAUAUGUUUAAAGGUCGUCAUUUCUGUAAAAACUACUCAGUUUCGAAGAAGCCCAGGAAGACUCCCACCCCGAAACCAACGCCUAGCACGUCCUGUGAUGGUGACGAAUCUGACAAGCCAGAACCGAGCAAGAGACACUUAUACGCAGAGUGCUUUUACAACAAGCAUGUUACACCUGGUCACGCCGCUAUAGUUAUGGCAUUGCAAUUGCUGAAGCGCGAAAAGAAUGCGAAGUUAGCGGUGUUCUCAGAGGAAGGCAUACAAGUUGUCUCCAUAGAGCGGAACUUCAGCAACAUUGAAGAGGCCGAAUUUGUUCUUAGGAAUGCGAACUUAGGCCGGGUCCAACUUGACGCGCCAAUCGAAUGGGCCGCGAAGAAUAACGAGAAUUUCGAUGUGUUCAUCCACAUGGUUGACCGUACCACACGCUACAUGGAACUGGACCGGACGGCUCGCGGCGGACGGGGUUCGGGGGGCAGAUACGGCCCACCGCCAGCGGAGAACAAAGAGCUUAUAGAUCACUGCCCAGUGAGAGCACUCGAGCGCUACAGAGACAAAGCUGUACGCAAGGCCAAGCUUAUUGUAAUGUCUCUGGCUUCGCACCGAUUGGAAACUACCGACGGCAGCCACGAGGGCAUUCUUGACAUCGUCGGCGUCGACGAACACGUUCCCAAAGUUAUGGAUGCGUUUGUACUUGGUCAGUUCGAGUAAUUACGUUCUGUUAAGAUUUAUGAUCACACUUGUAUUUCCAUCUAAUGAAUUGGUCCGUGUUGUAAAACCUCUCCGGAAAUGCGUAGUUUUUCAUGACCGUAAAAAUAUUGUCUAAAUUAUUUUAAUAGAGCGUUUUGUUAUACUUUAACUAAUAGUAUUGUAUCAUAAAUCAGUAACAAUUUUUAUAUUAAUCUUUUGUCUGAUCAUAAUGCUCACACGGUCCAAGUAUUGGUUCCAAAUUAAACAGUGAAUCUUCUCAUCUCUUCUCUCUUCACAUACAAAUUAUAUUUUGAACAACUGAAGAGCAGACACUUUUAGUACUCUUCAGGCACAGCUGUUAAACAUAUAUAUUAACCUACUUAAUUUGUUUAUAUAGCGGGUAAUGUAUAAGAAAAUAACUAUUUGGGAUCUUGACAUUUGUAUCUCAAAUACAUAAUAUAUUGCAUAAGUAUAACUUCCGUUUAACUCAGUAUUGAAUUAUUUUAUCUAACACCAAAUGUGUUCCGAACCAGGAUGAUAUGCUGUGAAUGAGAAUUUGUGUUGUAAAAUUCCAAAAUUUAUUUGGUUCUUAAGAACAUUUUGGUUGUUUAAAAGAGAAUAUUUUCUCUACAUGUUAAGCCAGCUGAUUGUAUCCAAUGUUUAUGUAGCCCAUAAUAUUGCCAAUAUGUGGCUUAUAAAUAGGCGCAAGAAAGUUCCCUUCCCACUGGUCUUGUUACUCCAACAUACAGCCUCACUCCAGAAGCCUAGAAAAGCUGUCCAGUUUGCUGAUGGUUUCCUAAACGUUUCCUGAAAUAAGGCUACGGAAUCGGUAUAGUUACGCCAAGGCUUGUAAAUCAGUUUAUUCAAAUGACAAAAGUACAUUUUUGAAAACUUUCAAUAAUUUCAACUUUCAAAACUUUCAAUUUUUCCAUAAUUAUUUGGUGAUCGGAAUUGAUUAGUCGCUAUUGUUCAAUCUCAAACUUAACGCGGCGAAGAGGGCGGGAGCGCAUGUGUUUUUUUAUUUUGACUCGCGCGCUAAAACCGGUAGUGAGCGGCUGGAUACAUCGUUCUAUAUAAUAAAGAUUGUUAUUUCGAUAAACCUGAGUUUAAAGCCUUGGUAAACAAUUUGAAAUGCUAAUUUCAAGAGCGUUAAGUUUUGUCUCUUCUCUCAGUGAGACCCCUAUGGCCUUCUAUUGAUUCAAAAAGGUUGUAGAAGUGUCAAUAAUUUUGUGAAAACGCAGUGCAUGGUCAGAGUGGUUCGGUCACAGAGUAACAACGAAUUUUAUUUAAAAACGGGUUUAAAUUUAACAGAAUGUUAGGUUUUUUUGUUUAAUCUCUUUGUACUGUUAUUGAAUCUACUUGCUUUGACCAUAGUCUGAGACUAAGGAAUUGGGAAUAUUAGAAAUUAAAUUAGAAUGCUUGUAUAUUACACAUUACUAAUUUGACACUAAAAUGUGUUUACGUCCAAACCUUGAGUUUGUAUGAUUAAAAUAUCACAGUCAGUUUAUGGAGUCAAAAAAAACCCCGUUUUUGGUUUUUCUUAUCAAAAAUCUUCAAACAAAUUACAAACGACAGCUUGACUGGACUGGAUUGUUAUGUUAAUUAAAUUUAAAAACUAUCGUAACUACAUAUUUUUGCUGAAUUUGUUACACAGUCUCUUAAGUUAAUAGAUCUCGACUGUAGUGCAAACUUUUUUCUUUUGAUGGAAACAGGAAAGUCUAGCUGACUGAAAAGGAUACUCUUGGUGUAGUCACAGAAUUUCAGCUUUACUCCAAAAAAAAAUAACAUUACAUUAUUUAGUUACCUAACAUUCUGUGCAUACAAAGAUUUUCCCAAUAUAAAGGAAAUCCUACUAUUUUAACAGAAAUUCGUGUCUUUUAGUUCUCGCUUAGAUCUCUAUAUGACGCCCUUGGUCAGGGGAAUAGUUAUGUAAGUGCUCGAUGUUGAAAUUAAAGUCUAGGUGCAAAAAUUUAAUAGCACUGAGAAUUUAUUUUCAAUACAUAUUAUGUUAAUACUACAAAACUUUUCGAUAAAUUUGUAAGUAAAAUCCACUCGCUUCUAUCUCUUACCAGGUACUCAAAAUACAAAAAGACAGCACAAGAGAAGGCAUGUUAUUGUGCACAAAUAUCUUUAUCGAAAAAUCUGUUGUAAGUCUUCUUUAAGAUUUGACAAUAGUGGACUAUGCAGUGAUAGAUGAAAUGAGCAAAUUUAUUGAAAAUCUUUGUUAAUUAUACUAUAUUAUUAUAGAUUGCUUAAGGUAUUGUACCUAGAAAGGUUCUACGAUUCUUUUCAUUAGCUGCAGUUCAUGUUUACUGCUUUUUGACAAAAAGUCAUUUUUUUAAGUUCAUUGUAUUUGUUUUUUUUUAUUUUUCUUUAUUGUAUAUAUUAAGACCUGCUUAACAUUGAGCUUUUAUAAGCAGUAAUUUUUGUCCUCACACAAUAGCAAUUAUUGUCAAAACAUCCUAACCUUAGUAGAAUAUAAACUGUUUAUUAACUUAAAAUUUCUUAUGGCAACUAAAUUUUUUGUCAAUUUAUAUAAAAUUUAAUUCAAUUUGAUGUGAUAUGUUAAUUAUGAUGAAGCUUCAAAUCAAUAAAUAUUUUAUGGGUAGUUUCUAACCCAAUUUCCAUUUAUUAUUGAUGUCAAAUGUUAAUAAUAUUAGAAGAAACAACAAACCUAAGUCUGAAUAUAGGUUAAAAAGUGUGUUUUUUGGGAAUUGUAAUAAAUAUCACAAAUACUAUCUGAUUUCCAAAAAUACUUUUGAAGGUUUAACAUCUCUAGGGUUAGGAUUUUUAUCCUAGGAUUUAUUAUAUACAUCUUGGUGUUAGUAACAGGGUCUUUUUUGUCAUUCAAAAAUUUGGCACCUGAUGCGCACAUUUCGUCACUUUAUAUUGUGUCCAAUAAAACAAUAAAGAGUGAAUGCAGAAUGAUUAAAGACGAAAUAACUUUUAUUUUUUAAUCUAUAAAGCUGUGUAUUUCGAUUGAAUGUAACCGCAAAAAACUUUAGAAUGAAAAUGUUUGUAAGCCCGUACUUUGUUAUUUUAGUUAUUGUGUUUAAAAAAUAAUAUUUAUAACAGUUUUAAAGUAUACCAAAACUAAAGCGAUAAUAUUUCCUAUUUGCCAAAGUAAAGUAAUGCAUUUUUAAUAUUAUUCUAUAAGUACUGGCUCACAAACAUUUAAUUGUUAGCAAUACAAUUGAUAGCAUAUCUUUCUUAAUAUAGAAAAACCGAAAAGUGAUACAUGUUCAUUAUUUAUCAAAGUAAACGUUGUCAGUGUACGAUACUAAAAAAUUAAAUUAUGUGAAGAAUGAAAAGUACUCAAUCAAAUUAGCUAAGAGCUUCCAAUAAUUACCGAGUAUCUUGGUUUUUUAGGAAGCAUAAAGCAUUUUUUAUUAAGUACUGAUAUUAAUGCUGAACUGUUUAAAGUUUUAUAAAUAAAUACGAGUAAAAUCGUCCUAAAUAACCAUUUUCUGACCCUCACCUGAUGGUUACAAAUUACUACCUCCAACUCAGCGGCCCCCCGGGCACUGAUGGAGCCUCCAGCCUUCAGCAUGUAGGCAGCAGGUACUGAAAAGCGUAAAUUUAACGGGAAAUUGUUUUACGAAUUAAAAACGCUAUUUUGGUUAGGACAGCAAAAUGUACAUAGCGCGUACACUCAUAAAAAUCGAAAGGAGAUAAAAUGUAUUGUUAUGUUCCAUAUUUUUCUUCCUAAAACCAGGCUACUACACAUUUAUUUUCAUGAUUUCCUAUCCGGUACGGUGAGCAUGUAUCAUAUUUCUCACUAUUCGUAGUAAUAAGUGAAUCCGUUUCAAAAUGUUGGUUACUUUUGUACUGAUAUGAGCGGAAUUUUCAGAAUCUGUGAUCACUUGGUACUCUCUCGGGUUUAAGUAAUUUUUAUAUCUGAACGUUGAAAGGUUUCAAAAACAUUAAACUCGAAAUUGUAGGUAGAUAUACGCUUUUUAACUAAGUACGUUACUCUUGUUGUGUGAAGUUUUUAGAUUAUCAAUUCUUUAGUGGUUUAUAAUUGACCAACGUGUUUAUUUAUUUAUCGCGCUAUCGGCUAUACGUCUCAAUGUUUUUAAAGUGACAUUAUGUUUUUAAAGUGACAUUAUCUUCUAAAACUUUUGAAAGAACAAUAAACAUAAUGAGAAAGAAAAGUAUAUUGUCACUUAUGACGUUGAAGCAUAUUUAUUUAUGAGCUUGUGAUUGAAGAAUAGCAUUCUGUGAUUAUUGAUGCCUUGGUGACUUCAAUACUUAAGAAUAUGGUUAGAUAAAGGCUGGUUUUUCUUUUGAAAACUAUUGGUAUUAUAAAAGCGAGGGCGCCCAUUUUAGGACGUUAAAGUUUUAGACAAAACUUUGUUAUUAUAAUAAGUUCCGUUUGUUUUUGUGUUUUUGUUAGAAUGAUCCUUAAACUAUAUUUUUAUAUAACCUUUCUUGAUCAUAUUAUUUUUGACAGCAACCUUUUAUCUGGUCCCAGAUCUGUUUUACAAUAUAUUGUAUAAAAAAAUAUUUGCCACUAUUCCAUUCGAUUUGUCUUGUUACGUUCCAGAGCAAAUGUUACAAAAUGCCAGUCGAUUUUACUCUACUUGAUUUUAAUUUUAAAAAACGGUACUUUAUGUAUUACAAGUUUUAUUGUAUAAAUCCUAACUUCCUAAUAUUAUAAAUGCGAAAGUGUGUUUAAUUUUUUUGUCGUUCCCUUAAGCCCUAUCAAAUCGACUUGAUUUAAGCUAUAGAGUUGUAGGGACGAACAUAGGUUUUUGGUCCUGGAAAAUGCUCCCAAGGGUUGGUUUGAAUUCUUUUUGUGUGUUUUAAAUGUAUACAGACUAAAAGUUCAAUAUGGCAGAACCUGGAUACACAAAGUCAAUAUACUCCGUUUUUCUUUUACGCUUUAGGGGUGGAUUUGGAAAACCGGACUAAAAGUCUGUUUUUGUGUAUAUAUUAUUGUUUACAGGAAGAUAAAAGUCUUAACGUUUGCUGUCAAAAAUUAAAUGUAUCACAUAACUAAAAUAUGGAAAUAACAAGAAAAUAUUCCUUGAUUACAUGAACUACAUUCGCAAAAAAAGUACACCCAUAAUAUAUCAUUAAUUUCAUCAAAGGAAUAAAGCUAAAUCCGUCCCAUACAAUUUAAAAACAGUGUUACUUCUUUUAAAAAUUAAAUUAGUCUUUAAGUUCUUAUGUAUUCGUACUCCGUUAUACAUAUUUUUUUUAACCAUUCACAGCUGCAUAUCAAUAGCACCCAGUGUAUCAAAAAUGUAAUAACAUUUAAAAAAUGUACUUGCAUGUUUGUUUUCAUGUUAAUAAACCUAUAAAUUUAGA